AAAACUCUAAUGAAUUUGGAAUCACGAAUUCUGGACGGAAAGCCUGCGGGUUACUGUAGCAGCUCAGAAGGUGAAGAGGACGAUUUCAAAGUUGUAAACGAUGAGGAUGAGCAUCAGGCGAAUGUAAUGAAGAGAAUGGGACCAUCUUCGAAUACUGGAGCAAAAGGAGUGCUCAAUGAGUUCAAAGCGUUCAGAGAACAGACUAGAUUAGCUGUCGAAUCAAAAAAUCAGAAAUUAAUUGAGCAAGCGAAGAAAGGAAUGAUGAUUGGAUCGAAAGAAGAACGAGAAAAAGCACAACGAGAAGAUGAUGAAGAUGAGGAUUUUGAGAUGACUUUGGAGGGAUUAAAAGCGAAGAGACUUAGAGAAAUGAGAAAAAUUGCAGCAAAUCGGGUUAUUGAAAUGACUGAUAAGAAACAAUAUUCGGAUGCCGUUGAUGGAAGUUCAUCAUAUCUUCUCUGUGUUCUAAUAUAUGAGCCUGAAUCCGAUGAAUGUGAAUAUUUGACACGAAUCGUUAAGAUUCUCGCCGCCGAUUGUCCGAAAACCAAAUUCGUUCGAGCGACAAGCACUCUUCUUGAAAUGAGCAGAGCAUUUAGAACGAACGGUGUGCCGUGCCUUCAAUUCUAUUCGAACGGAAAUCUCAUUGGAAAUUUCGUGAAAAUCUCCGCAAUACUGGGACAGGAUUAUGAUUGCAAAAAGUUGACCAAAUUCUUGAGAGGACAACACAUUGACUUGAUGGCUGGUGGAUAUGCAAGUGAUUCUGAUAACGAAUCUGAGGAUGAUGAUUGAUUAUACAAUUAUAUUUAACUAACAAUUUAAAAAUCUAAAACUCAAAGCUAUUAAAUGUAUUACUUAUUUAUAACUUUUAUAUUAUAUUGGAAAAAAAAACAAAUCGAAUGUCAAAUAAAUAAAUCAGUGAAACA